AUGGGUUCGCAACUCGGGUUCGUCGAAUUAAUAAAGAAGCAGUUUGUACCUGGCAAACUGCUCUAUCACUUUCUUUUCUGGACGUUUCACUGGGGUAUCUUUGCCUAUGGAUGGUGGAAGCAAGCUGUAGACCCUAGACUCGCAGGUCUUAACACACUCAAAUUCUCAGUAUGGAUCUCACGAGGUGCUGGUUUAGUUCUCAGUGUCGACUGCAUGCUUAUUCUCCUCCCCGUAUGCCGAACCGUUAUGCGAUGGGUUCGACCCAAGAUUCGCUUCCUCCCUCUCGAUGAGAACCUGUGGAUGCACCGCCAGCUCGCCUAUUCCAUGCUUCUCUUCACCUGCCUUCACACAGGCGCUCACUACGUCAACUUUUACAACGUCGAAAUCACUCAGAUCCGACCCGUUACGGCUCUUCAGAUUCACUAUGCUCAGCCUGGUGGUAUCACUGGUCACAUCAUGCUUCUCUGCAUGCUGCUCAUGUUUACCAGCGCCCACGCUCGUAUCCGUCAACAAUCGUUUGAGACGUUUUGGUACACUCACCAUCUCUUCAUCCCUUUCUUCCUCGGCCUCUACACCCACACAGUGGGAUGUUUCGUGCGUGACACUCCCGAGGCUUUCUCACCAUUCGCCGGCGACGAGUUCUGGGAGCACUGCAUUGGUUACCUCGGAUGGCGAUGGGAGCUCUGGACUGGUGGCGCCUACCUCCUCGAGCGUCUCUGGCGUGAGGUUCGCGCUCGUCGAUCUACAAAGAUUACCCGAGUCGUCCGUCACCCCUACGAUGUGGUAGAGAUUCAGUUCAACAAGCCAUCUUUCAAGUACAAGGCUGGUCAGUGGCUCUUCCUCCAGGUACCUUCGCUCUCCAAGUACCAGUGGCAUCCCUUUACCAUCACUUCAUGCCCCUUCGACCCUUAUGUGUCAGUUCACGUUCGCCAGGUUGGUGACUUCACCCGAGAGCUGGGUGAUGCCCUUGGUGCCGGUGCUGCUCAGGCCAAGCUUUACGAUGAUGUUGACCCCAUGGGAAUGUACGAGGUUGCUCUUCAGAACGGUGACCAGAUGCCCGCUCUUCGAAUUGAUGGACCUUACGGUGCGCCUGCCGAGGAUGUUUUCGAGAACGAAAUCGCUGUUCUUAUCGGUACUGGUAUUGGUGUCACUCCUUGGGCUGCUAUCCUCAAGAACAUCUGGCAUCUCCGCAACUCUCCCAACCCUCCCCGCCGUCUUCGCCGAGUCGAGUUCAUCUGGGUUUGCAAGGAUACUGGUUCAUUCGAGUGGUUCCAGACUCUGCUGUCAUCUCUUGAGGAGCAGUCCAACGAAGCAGCACGUAUGCCUGGCAGCACAGGAGUCGAGUUCCUCAAGAUCCACACCUAUCUCACACAGAAGCUGGAUAUCGACACUGCUCAGAACAUUGUCCUCAACAGUGUCGGCUCUCAGAUGGAUCCCCUCACAGAACUACAAUCACGAACCAACUUUGGUCGACCUGAUUUCCCCCGCCUAUUCACAACCAUGCGAAACGGUAUCUUGGACCGCACAUACCUUAACGGUCUAGAGUCACACAUUCGCACGACAGUUGGUGUUUAUUUCUGUGGUCCUUCAGCUGCUGCUCGUGAUAUUAAACUUGCAUGUAAAGCAGCAACCGUGCCCGACGUGGAUUUCCGUUUCUGGAAGGAGCACUUCUAA